GACUCAAUAAUGACACAUUGACAUUAAGUGUUGUGUUCAAAAGUGAAUAUUCGGAACUAAAUUGUGACUAAUGAGUUUACUGGUGUCGCAAUGAGUUUUCUGUCGUCGUUGAGCCAAUAUGUGGCGGGCGUGGCCGACAGCGUGGCCGGCCUGGCCCUCUCUCCGCGCCGGGUACCUCCGUCGCGGCAUAGAUCCGCUGAAGAAUCUCAGCAACAACCGCAAUCCUCAGCAGCAACUAUGAGAGGCUUUCCACGGGUUCUCCCAACUGAGGGUGCAUCAGCUCUAAACGCAAGACGUCGGACCUUAGACUGUCUGGCACCAGCCACACCCCCACGCCGUGGAGGUUCCCUGCGUGUCCCCCGAAAUCUACCUCCAGAGAAGCCCACGAUGGCAUUUUGCAAACGUCGACUGUCAUGGCCGGAAGUUGAUAACACGGUUAACUCUGGGGUUCAAGAUACAGAUGGUUCAUAUUUUGAAAGCUUCACUGCUCUGUCUUGGCGUCAAGAGAACAGGCGGCUUGCUGCCUUACGACUGGCUGAGGCGCGCGCAGAACGUCCACCACCAGCUCCGCAAGAUCUUGGUCUACCGAGUGUUUCUGCUCAACUGUCACAUAAAGAACAUGAACAUCUAUAUACUGAGGUACUUUACUGCAUAGAAAAUGCUGUAGGGGCACCAGCGCCCGAUGGACAGUUUGCGGCUUAUAAGGAAGAGGUGAUCGAGUACGCCCGCCGGGCUUUCAAAGUGUCUCCAGAAGUACACGCCAGGGCUUUGCGCGCUGCAGGGAGCGAACGCCCGCCUACUGUAGUGUUGGGCUGCGCUGUAAUGGAAGCAGAUGGACUUGAAGCUAAGGACGCUAAUGGGUUUAGCGAUCCGUAUUGCAUGUUGGGUAUCCAACCGGCGUCACUGCCCGCUUCCCCGAGGGCUUCAGAGGACGAGGGUCGCAAACACGGCUUCCGCUUGAGUUUCAAACGUCGCGACGGACGUCAACAGCGCGACAGUUUGGGCAGGCUGCCAGCCCGAUACAUUCGCGCCACAAGUGUGCGGCCUCACACCCUGUCGCCUAAAUGGAAUGAGACGUUCAAAUUUGACAUUGACGAUAUAUCAUCGGAUGUGCUACACCUAGACAUAUGGGAUCACGAUGAUGAGAGCUCCGUGCUAGACGCGGUAUCACGCUUGAAUGAGGUUCGAGGCGUCCGUGGCCUGGGACGUUUCUUUAAGCAAGUGUGCCAAAGCGCUCGCCAAGGGAGCCAGGAUGACUUUCUUGGAUGUGUCAACAUUCCGCUACGAGAAAUCCCGUCUACUGGAGUGGAGGCGUGGUACAAGCUAGAUGCCCGCUCACAGCGCUCAUCCGUGCAAGGCCGGAUUCGACUCCGACUCUGGCUAUCUGCUCGUGAAGCCGGAAGACAUGAUGACGACAAUUGGCAGCAAGUACGCCAACACGAACGCCUCUUUGGUGUCCUUCUAGCGCAUGAGGUGGAGACAGCUUCUAACGUUACAAAUGAGGGUGCUGAAAGCGACAGUCACACUUGGGAGGGUGACCUAUGCGGCGCAGCUCAAACCUUGCUGCAUCAACACGCCGUGCAAGGCGACUUGAGCUCGCUGCAAGCUGCUAUCGCACGAUUUGCCGCUGCUUGCCGACUAAACAGCGAGGCGCCAUUGGAUCCAAAGUACAUGUUCAAACUGCUUAAUGAGCUAGAGCGAGCCUGGUGUGCGAGCGAGGCUCUAGUGGGGGGCGGUAGUGGCGACGCGGGCGCAUGUGCCUCACGCGACGAGGAGCGCUGGCUCGCCGACUGCUUCGGCGAGUUUGUGGAGCGAGCUCUGCACCAAUUGAGACUCCAUAGGGACUUGUACCCAGUCCUUCAUCACCUCAGCUUGAACAAGUUGGAAUAUCUUCUCCGAUGUUUAAAUCAACUGUCCCAGAUGAAGGCUUUCUGGAGGUGCUGUCCGUUUAGCAAGGAAAUGCGGAGUGAAAUAGUCGCAUCACUGCGAAAGGGAACUGCGGAGUGGUACGAAGCCUUGUGCGCUCAAGAUACUGAAUCGGAACGGGGAGAGGAUCUAGUCAACCUAAUCACACUUGUACAAAUUGAUCUGCAGCAAGGUCUUACAUACUACCACCCCCUGUUUGAAACGACUAACAACGUCCCAUACUUCAACGUUGUUUUUACACAGAUUGAUAAAAUGGUGUCCGAAGAUGUAAAGCAAUGUGUUGAGGUCUGGAUAUCGGAAGGUUGGUGUGGCGUAGCCGAAGAGGAUUGCUACGAUGAGCACGGGAAUGCGGUAUGCAGCGUGGUGUCAGCAAAGACAUUGCCGUUCGAGGUGCUGGCGGCAGUGCGGGAGCUAUGCACGGCGGCCUCACCCGCUCCUCUUGCGCACGCGCCGCACGCGCCGCACGCGCCCCACGACCCGCCGCCGCAGCUUCUAGAAGCUUACCAAUGGUUCGAACCGCUGAUCGAUCGAUGGCUGGCGGUCACUAAAACUAUGGCGCUGCAAAGAGUUCGAGCAGCUGUUGAACUUGAUCGGCCCGUAGACGGAGAACAUAUCGUAAAACAUAGCACAUCUUCAGUCGAUACGGUGGCUUGUCUGUACCAUAUGAGGCUUGUAUGGCGAGCAAUAGGCGGAGCUGAAGAAGGAACCAUAGGAGGAAGUGUUAGACUGUUAGAAGCGGCCUGUGCGACAGCCUUACAUUAUGCCGACUUGGUGCAUGGGGCACUUGCUGAUCAGGGAUAUUAUGAAAACCAUGGACAGAAUAAAACAACAGAGGAGAUAUGCACAAUCGUGAAUAACUUGGAGUACGUGCGUCGCUCGCUUUCCGAGUACGACGAUGAACACAUUGCCAACGACGAAAACUCACGUCAGCUAGUACGCGGCGCGCUUGGCACGCUGGAGUGUCGCUCGAUGCGCGCGGCGGUGCCGCUGGCGGUAAGAGCGCGGCCGCCACUGCGCAAGGCGGUUUUCCACCUCGCCUGGUCUCCGGACUCUCUGCCCACACAGCAGGCGAUAACGCCACUCCUGGAGUUCUUGGAUCAACAUUUAUCGUCUCUGAAUACAUGGCUGUUGCCCCGAGCUUUUACAAGAUCAUUAGCGGCCUGUUGGAAUGCUGUAUUAAAGGAAGUUUCAAACCAAGCGGACUCCGGCGGUGCCGAAAAACCAAGAGUAUAUCAUCAUAGACUCAAAGAAGCACUCGAUCUUUUGGCCGAAUUCUUCCACGCCGAAGGAAAAGGUCUUCCAAUGUCAGAAGUGCACAACACAGAAUGGAAACGUCUUGAACAAAGGAUGCAAUAUCACCAGGCUCCGACUGAGGAACUGCUGGAGUUGUGGCUGGAAGACCGUCUAGCCGAACAAGCUCGUACUCCCAUGCCGUCACCAUAUGGAUCUAUUUUAAUACGGGUGUACUUCAAUCACGACUCGCUAUGCGUAGAGAUACUGUCAGCACGUGACGUGAUCCCGCUCGACCCGAACGGAUUAAGCGACCCCUUCGUUGUGAUCGAACUUCUGCCCAAGAGACUCUUCCCGAAAACACAUGAACAAACCACUAAUGUACAAAAGAAAACACUAAACCCAGUGUGGGACGAGUGUUUCGAGUUCAGCGUGUCGUUGGAAUCCUGUCGCUCGCCGCAAGCGACGCUCGCGCUGUCCGUGUGGGACCGCGACGUACUAACAGCGGACGAUUUCGCGGGUGAAGCGUUCGUGCCGCUCGCUCGCGCACCCGGCGUGCAUUCGCACGCGCCGCCCGAUCCACUGCGCCCCGUCGAGCUGCCGCUCAUGCAGCUGCACGAUCGAGGCCAUCCAAUCUUACAAAUACUGGAAUCGCGAACAACGGAUAAAUUGGCUUUGGAUUUCGUGAAAAAACAAAAGCUACGAUUCGCGGAAUAAAAUACACUUUUUCCUUAUCACACAGUUAUUUUACUAUAUAUGUCUAUGUUAAACUGUUCUUUGAUUUAUGUUUUGUUUGUGCACAACGUCCAUUCAAACAUUUCGACAAUAUAUUUAAAAUAUAUUUUAAAGAAGUUUGUCUUUUACACUAUAUAUUAAGU